AUGCGUUUUACGCAAAAUCUCUCUAGGGGCCAUUUUGAUGUAUACCUGCCUAAGGAGUCAGAAAUAUUGAUCCCUCAGAGAGAUUCCAUAUUACAGCAGUCACCUUUCUCUUUAUCCCUGAAGAAGGGUAGAAAACGCCGUGCCAGAUACACUGGCAAUAUAAGAAAAAAACAACUUAAAAACGCGGCAAAGACAUAUGCACUUCGUAAUCCUUUAGUGAACAGAUCUGCAGUUUCCAGGUACCAGCUAGAUAAUCCUGAGGUAGGCAGAGCUGCUAGGUCUCGAUAUGAGCAUACUAAUCUCCGCCGGAAAGUUGAAAGACUGACACUUCCAUGGAAAAUAAUGGUCAACUCAGGAAUGACGUACAAUCCUGACCUGGCUUAUGAGGCAGAAAAAACUAUAGCUCUUGGUUCUAUGAACCACAAGUGCGAAUACUGCAAUGCACUAAAAUGGAAAGAAGAAACCCCCGGAAUGUGCUGCAAUAAUGGCAAAGUGCAGCUUCCAUCUUUUGAACAUUUUCCGGAACCUCUCAACAGCCUGCUUAUAGACAGACACCCCCAUCAUAAUCAUUUUAUGUACCUUAUACGAAAAUACAAUGGGUGUUUUCAAAUGACAUCAUUUGGGGAUAAAAAAAUUGUAACAGAAGGAUUUAUGCCUACUUUCAAAGUUCAAGGACAGGUGUAUCAUUUGGUAGGGAGUCUCAUGCAUAAACCUGAUCAGAAUGCCCAAUUUUUACAAAUAUAUUUUGUAGGAGAGGAUGAGAGGGAAGUUCGCUCUAGAUGCGCCAAUUUUACACAUGUCAAACCAGGGUUGGUCAAACAAUUGCAAAGCAUACUCUAUGAAAAAAACAGUUAUGUCAAACAAUUUAAGACCACGAUUAAUGCGGUGCAAAAGAACUGUAAAGAAUUUAAAGUGGUCAUCCGUGAAAACAGAAAACCAAAUAAUGCUCAUGUUGGUCGCUUUAACGCACCAACACAAAAUGAAAUAGCUCUGAUAAUUGGAAGUCAACAAUUUGAAAAUAGAGACAUUGUACUUCAAAGUCACGAUAAUAAACUACAGCGUAUCAGUGAAAUUCAUCGAGCAUACGACGCUCUGCAGUAUCCACUUAUGUUUUGCCAUGGCGAGGACGGAUACUCUAUUGACAUACCAUUGUGUAAUCCCACUACGAAAUUGCCUCUUGAAAAAAUAGUUUCUGCAGCAUCCUUUUAUGCUUACCGAAUUAUGAUUAGGCAAGAUGAAGUUAACCAUAUUGUAUACUUCCGCUCCCUCUUCAGUCAAUUUUUGGUCGAAUUAUACGCAAAAAUUGAAACUGAAAAGUUGAAUUGUAUUAAGAAUCAUCAGAAACAGCUAAGAGCUGAGAACUAUAUUCAUCUCAAAGAUGAUGUGGGAAGUAAUGAUGUUAAUGCAACUGAUCUAGGUCAAAUCGCAGUACUUCCUUCAUCAUUUACGGGCGGACCUAGGUAUAUGCAUGAACGAACUCAAGAUGCCAUGGCACAUGGUCGUCCUGAUCUAUUCAUCACAUUUACAUGUAACCCUACUUGGAAAGACAUCAUAGAUGCACUGUUUUCUUGGACAAAAGCUGGACGAUCGUCAUGA